AUGUUAACAGAUAUCAAAAAAAUAGGAAAACGUUCAAAGAUUGCCUGCUUACGAUGUAGCUCUCGAAAGGUCAAGUGCUCAGGAAUUCGGCCCUCAUGUGAUGCUUGCGUGACCUCAAAAUGUGGACAUGAUUGCAUCUACCCCGUUAGAUCAAGAAAGAUACUCAUCUGCAGCACUGAAAUUGAAAAAAUGGAGGAGAGAAUCAGAGCUUUAGAAAGCGAAUGUACUCGUUUAAAGGGCAUUGCAGAGAGCACAGAGAUGAAAUACUCAAGUAGUGAUCCCCAUUGCUUGAAAAAUAAUGAUGACUCUAAAGAUAAUCUCAACCCUUCAUCGACUCCCAAUGAAUAUCGAUCUGCAAAAUUACCAUCAGAAAUCGUGGUGGAUUUACGCGUCCUAGAAGCAUCACAGCGUGAACCAAAAAGUCCUGAGGUUAAAACAAAUGUAUCAAAUAACUCUUCCUGCCGCAUGUUUCUUGGUGCUCUUUGCAGUCAAUUAACCGAUAAAUUACUUCCUGAUUCUAAUUUAAAUCGUGAUUUUCAUAUACAUAAUACGAAACAUAGAGACAAAGCGAUUGAUCAAAGUCUCUUUUUAGAUGAUAAAGUAUUGAUCGAUCCUCAAGCUGUGCAGAUGGUGGUCUUACCAAAUAAAAGAUACGCACUGAAAAUGGUAAACAAGGUAUUUCACUUUUUUGCAAGAGAGUAUGGACUAUUUACGAUUGCUGAAUUUGAAGCCCGGAUUGAAGAGACUUACAGGGACUUUCAAUCUCAAGACCGCCAAUGGCUUGCUUAUCUUUUUAUCACAUUAGCAAUUGGGGAGCAGUAUACUAACGAAGUAGGAUCUCAUCCAAAUAUUCCAGGAAUGGAUUUUUUCUUGAAGACUCUUCAACUAUUCCAUGAGCCAGCUGAGCAACCAACUGUGGACUCGGUGAGGACAUUACUUUUAAUUGCUUUUUAUUCCCAGGGCUUAAAUAGAAUCAAUGCAGUUUUUACAUACACUGGACUCGCUUUAUCUACAGCUAUGAUUCUUGGGAUGCAUCGACGAAUUAGCUAUUCUGACUUAUCAAAACGAGAAAAUGAAUCUAGACGGAAGCUUUGGUGGACUGCAUGCCUCAUGGAUAGUUUAUGGGCUUCCAGAUUGAGUUUACCUCCUCACUUCAAUACUGAAGAUAUGGAUGUUGAGUUUCCAAGCCAGGAAAUGUCAAGUGAGGACGGUUUUGUUCCAAGUUAUUUGAUCGCCAAUGCUCAAUUGGCGCUCUGCGUUAGAUCUGUAAUGAAGGAAGUUUACGGAAUCGGCAGAGCUAACAACUUUAUAAGAAAUACAAUCAAUAGCGUGGAAAGCCUAGAGAGCUUUUUCGACAAUCUGGAUCCAGCUCUCAAAAUUGUUGCCAAAAAAGUUGAAAUUAACCGAUCUACUGAAAAUUUACAUUUGCGCUAUAAUCAAAUGAUUGUAGUCAUUGUGCGGCCGCUUUAUUUUUCAUCGUUCAAGGAUCAAAAAAUAUCUCCUGAGGUAACCGAGAACCUGUUUUUGAAGUGUAUUGAUGCUGCGUUAUUGAAUGUCAAUAUAUUGAACAAUCUCUUCAAUUCUAGAUGGUAUUCAGCAUUUGGAUUUUUAGAAGCUCAGUGCUGUUUUUCAUCCAUAUUGAUCCUUGUGAUCGAAGCUUUGAAGGGUAGAUCUUUUCCGGAGCUGCCCAUGGCAUUGUCUUUGAAUGCGUAUAUGUGUCGUGCUGGCAACAUUACCGCGAUGAGUAAUCACCAACGAUUGAUAGAGUUGGACAGAAUUCUCUUCGAGGCGGAAAAACAGAAGUCCCGAAAUGAAAACAGAGCAACAGUUAACGACUUACCGGUCAAUUCCAAUGGAAAAAUCAUAAAAAAAAGGAAAGUAUCAUUUGGCCGUCAACAACACUCACUUUCAACCCUCCCAAACGGUGACUGCACGUUGAAUGAUUUAGCCGCGGUUCCUACCAGUUUUGUAGGUGAAUCAGAUCUACCUUUCCUGGUAGAUCUAGAAAGCUCAGGUAUUCUGUUCGGCCAAUUUUCACCGGAAACUCUGGAUAACUUAUCUCUGAACUUCGAAAAAUGGGACACCUGA